AUGAUGCAGAAAGCUCUCUUCGACUUCCUCAAGCACAGAUUCGACGGCAGGAUCUCCAUCACCCACAUCACGGCUGACCUCUCCCUGGCCAAGCGCUCCAUCCUCAACAACCUGGGCAAACAGGCCAUCCUGGAGCGCUCCACCACCCGCUCAAGCAUCGCCGAGGUGCAGAGCGAGAUCGAGCGCAUCUUCGAGCUGGCCAAAUCCCUGCAGCUGGUGGUGCUGGACGCCGACACCAUCAACCACCCAGCCCAGCUGGCCAAGACCUCCCUGGCACCCAUCAUCGUCUACGUCAAGGUGUCCUCACCCAAGGAGCUCUUCGACGUGAUCCUGGAUGAAAACCAGUUGGAGGACGCCUGUGAGCACCUGGCUGAAUACCUGGAGGUUUACUGGCGUGCCACCCACCACCCACCUCACGCCCCCCACGCCGUCCCCUCGCCCACCGGCCUCCCGGGCCUGCAG